GCUUCUGGAAGCGCGGUCCUGGGGAAAUUGGUGUGUUAGCCAAGACUUUCAUCGACCAGGGGAAGCUCAUCCCAGAUGAUGUCAUGACUCGGCUGGCCCUGCAUGAGCUGAAAAAUCUCACCCAAGAUAGCUGGCUGUUGGAUGGUUUUCCAAGGACACUUCCACAGGCAGAAGCCCUGGACAGAGCUUAUCAGAUAGACACAGUGAUUAACCUGGAUGUGCCCUUCGAGGUCAUUAAACAACGUCUCACUGCCCGCUGGAUUCAUCCAGCCAGUGGCAGAGUCUACAACAUCGAAUUCAACCCUCCCAAAGCUGUGGGCAUUGACGAUCUCACAGGAGAGCCUCUGAUUCAGCGUGAGGAUGAUAAACCAGAGACGGUGAUCAAGAGACUCAAGGCGUAUGAAGCCCAAACAGAGCCAGUCCUGGAAUAUUACCAGAAAAAAGGGGUGUUGGAAACAUUCUCUGGAACAGAAACCAACAAGAUCUGGCCGCAUGUAUAUGCUUUCCUACAAACAAAAGUUCCACAAGCCAACCAGAAAGCCUCAGUUACUCCAUGAGAGAAAAGCAUGUAACUAGUGAGAUGAGCAGAAGAAACGCCUGUGCCUUUUUAGCAGCUUGUUUUCUAAGACUCAAUCAUGUAUGAAUUCUUUGAAAAUUAUUUUAUUUCUACUGAUUUUAUUCUGGGUAUUAUUAAGGAUGUGCCAAAUGAAUCAGAUACUAAAAUUAUCUUUUGAUAUUGUCUACUAUGUUGUAUCCAUUUAUCUUUCAUAGGUGUGUAAUUAUAAAACACCAGGUAUGUUGAAACAACAAAAAAAAAGUAAAUUGUUUUUUGGUAUGGCGGAUUGAAAUUGAGUCAAAUUAAAAGAGCAACUGGUAGUAAUCUUUUUGUUCAGUUCAAUAUUUGAUAAAUCAAAUUUUCAUAUUUUCUGGAAAAGUACAAAAACAUGUCACUUGGGGAAAACACCAUGAGACUUUUGCAGAGUGAUGGGAAAAAAAAUUUUUUUUUCUAGUGCUGUGGAAUAUGGUUUUGGGAGACACUAUCUAUAGUUUCCUGACAAAAUUACAAAAAAACCCCUGAAUUUAUAGAUCUGUUGCCAAGAUGCAGAUUCAUUGUUGCCUUUACACUAAUAAACAUGUAAACUAGCUACAUAUGCUGUGUUUAUCAUCAGAUACCACUUUGGUUUACUGAGAAUUUUUCCAAUUUGCUAUAAAAAUAUAUCACUUAGCAUAUUGUGCCGAGAGUAUUUGUUAAAAUGACAUAAAACUCUUAGAUUAGCACCAAGAGUGAAUGAAUUUUUUCUUUUUCUUUUUCUUUUUGAUACCGGGGAUCAAACUCAGGACAUUGCGCUUGAAAGACAGGCAAUGGAACCACUGAGCUAAAUCCUCAGCCCUGAAUGAAUUUUCAAUGGAAAAUAUGAAGUCCGGUUUUUGAAUAUUAGGUUAAGAAAUACAGGAUCUACUUGUCACUUCUUUUUAAUCCAAAUGCAUAAUUUGCCUUGACAAAUUACAGUACAAAGAAAAAAAAUAAAGAGUUGUGAGUCUGUAAAGAAAGCAAACUUUAUUAAGGAAAUAUAGAUAGGCAUGCCAGGAAGAUAGUCCCUUGACAUUAACACAACCAUAAUUAGUAAGCAGGUGUAGCAAUAAAAAUAGACUUGAUAGGUUAAAAAGGAUCAGGAAAGUAACUGAGCUCCCUAAGAUCUUUACUCCUGAUCAAAGAAACUGGUGCCUGCUAGUGUUCACUGCUCUAUGUAAGGGGAAAGAACUCUUCUGGUGUCCUUUGAGCAGCCAUUUACAAUCCUGAACCGUGUUUCCUUAGUAGAGCAAGAAGGACGCAUGCUCAUGUGUUGUGGUCAGGCAGAAAGUGGGGCAAUGUGAGGAGAGGAAAAACCCAUGUGAUACUAUUUUAGCUGGUGCUAAAACAAA